CUAAAUAUAAAUAAUAGUUUGAUUUAUGUCUCUGUGUUAGUCUUUGUAUAAGUGAAAUGUCUGGUCGUCGAAAUACUGUAUCAGGCGCUGCAUAUUCGCUUCCAACAAGAUCGGAUCGAGCGACCAAUUCACAUUCAACAGCAAGAGAUUUAUUUGAUGCUUGUCGAAAUGGAGAUUUAAAUAAAGUAAAAAAAUUGGUCACCACACAAAACGUAAACGCACGAGAUUUAGAGGGUCGAAAAUCAACCCCGCUUCAUUUUGCUGCUGGAUUUGGUCGGAAAGAUGUUGUGGAACAUCUAUUGCAAUGUGGAGCUAAUGUUCAUGCACAGGAUGAUGGGGGUUUGAUACCACUGCAUAAUGCAUGUUCGUUUGGGCAUGCAGAAGUAGUACAGUUGCUUUUAACUCGUGGUGCUGAUCCAAAUUCAAGAGAUAAUUGGAAUUACACCCCACUUCAUGAAGCAGCUAUUAAAGGGAAGCUAGAUGUGUGUGUGGUUCUCCUGCAAAGUGGUGGGGAUCCACAUAUUAAAAAUGCAGACAAUAAGACAGCUUUGGAUUUAGCUGAACCAUCUGCAAAGGUUGUAUUGUCUGGUGAGUUCAAAAAGGAUGAAUUACUUGAAGCAGCAAGGGGAGGUAAUGAAGAACAACUAAUGGACCUUUUGACGCCACUAAAUGUCAAUUGUCAUGCCAGCGACGGACGUAAAUCGACACCACUCCAUUUGGCGGCUGGUUAUAAUCGGGUCCGUAUUGUCAACCUUCUUUUAAAACAAGGUGCAGAUGUCCAUGCAAAAGAUAAAGGGGGUCUUGUACCUUUGCAUAAUGCUUGUUCAUAUGGACAUUUUGAGGUCACAGAGUUGUUAAUAAAACACGGGGCGAAUGUGAAUGCAAUGGACCUGUGGCAAUUCACACCAUUACAUGAAGCAGCAUCCAAGAACCGCGUGGAAGUUUGUUCUUUAUUAUUAGCUCAUGGUGGAGACCCAACCACAGUCAACUGUCAUUCAAAAACAGCUGUAGAUGUUGCACCAAACAGGCAACUUCAAGAGAAGCUUGUAUAUGAAUUCAAGGGUCAUUCGUUGCUUGAUGCAGCUCGUCAAGCAGACUUAACUCGGGUGAAGAAGCACUUGACGUCUGAUUCAAUAUUAUUCUGCCACCCUCAUACACAUGACUCACCACUACACUGCGCUGUUGGAUCGCCAUACCCCAAGCGACGACAAGUCACUGAGUUACUCAUACGUAAAGGUGCGAGUCUCAAUGACAAAAACAAAGAAUUCCUUGCCCCCCUUCAUAUUGCUGCGGACAAAGCUCACAUCGAUGUCUUGGAAGUUUUGCUUAAAAAUGGAGCAAAAGUCAACAUUCUUGAUUGCCUCGGCCAAACUGCUUUGCAUAGAGCUGCACAGUUAGGCUUGUCACAGGUCUGUAUUGUUCUGCUUAACCAUGGUGUUGAUCCAACUAUAAUGUCACUGCAAGGAUUUACAGCAGCGCAAAUGGCAACUGAAACCAUCCAACAGUUAUUACAGGAUGCGUUGUCAUCUAAAGCAGCUGCCGUUAGUUCAAGCAGCUCAGAGUCCAAACCAACAAACACAGUGACUUCAGUUCCAAACCAAACUAAUGGAACUCCAGCUACUGAUGUGGAAAUUCAAUUAUUGGAUGCUGCAAAAGCAGGAGAUUUGGAGGUUGUAAAAAAAUUGUGCUCUGUCCACAAUGUCAACUGUCGCGACAUGGAAGGGAGACUUUCAACUCCAAUCCACUUUGCAGCCGGUUAUAACAGGGUUGCUGUGGUUGAGUAUUUACUUCAACAUGGUGCAGAUGUACAUGCUAAGGAUAAAGGGGGUUUGGUGCCAUUGCAUAAUGCUUGUUCAUAUGGGCAUUAUGAGGUGACGGAAUUGCUUGUAAAACAUGGAGCAUCUGUUAAUGUUGCCGAUCUAUGGAAGUUUACUCCAUUACAUGAAGCAGCAGCAAAGGGAAAAUAUGAAAUUUGUAAAUUACUUCUGAAACAUGGUGCUGAUCCACAUAAGAAGAACAGAGAUGGCAACACUCCACUUGAUCUUGUUAAAGAAGGGGAUUUGGACAUACAGGAUUUACUAAGAGGAGAUGUUGCCCUCCUGGAUGCAGCAAAGAAAGGAUGUCUUGCUCGUGUUCAAAAACUUUGCACCCCCAGUAACAUUAACUGUCGAGAUCAACAGGGUAGAAAUUCAACUCCACUACAUCUUGCUGCAGGUUACAAUAAUGCUGAGGUUGCAGAAUAUUUGAUAGAGCACGGUGCUGAUGUGAAUGCACAGGACAAAGGUGGACUGAUACCACUACAUAAUGCUUCGUCAUAUGGUCAUGUAGAAAUAGCAGCAUUGCUUAUUAAGAGCAAUGCAUCGGUGAAUGCAACAGAUAGAUGGGCAUUCACUCCUUUACAUGAAGCUGCACAGAAAGGACGAACACAACUUUGUACUUUGUUAUUAGCUCAUGGUGCAGACCCUACAAUGAAAAAUCAGGAAGGGCAAACUCCGCUUGACCUUGCAACUCAGGAAGAUGUUCGCUGCCUCCUCAUCGACGCAGCUCCACAAACUGCAACAGUUUCAUCAACAUCUAAACAAGCCACUCAGUCAUCCAGUAAUAGCAAUGCUGUUGAUGAUGAAGAUGGUGAAGCAACUGCUGCAUCUCAUUCCAUUGCUUUAGAUCCCAAUGCCUCAACAGGAGAAGUUGCCGUACUGCAGUUACUUGACCGAUUAUCGUUAUGUCAAUAUCAUGAGAUGUUUGAUAAAGAAAAGAUCACACCUGAUGUAUUAGCUGAUAUGGGACAUACUGAACUUAAGGAUAUUGGAAUAACAGCAUUCGGACACCGACAUAAGAUAAUUAAAGCUGCGGAACGUCUGGCACUUGCUGCUGCUGAUGGGGCAGUGGAUCCAAUGUCAGAUAUAAACUCAAUUGCAUUUUCAAGACCAACGCAACAAGGUUCUAUUAUAAUUGACCUUAAACCUGAAGAUAAAGAAUUCCAGUCAGUAUCUGAAGAGAUGCAAACCACUAUACGUGAGCAUAAAGAUGGUGGGGUGGCAGGUGGUGUAUACAAGUCAUACAAUAUUAUUAAGGUUCAGAAAGUACAAAACAAGCGACUUCGUGAACGUUGGAACCAUAGGAGGAUUGAAGUUGGUGAGGAAAAUCAUAAUCAUAGCAAUGAUCGGAUGCUUUUUCAUGGAUCAUCAUUUAUUAAUGCUAUUGUUCAGAAAGGUUUUGACGAGCGCCAUGCUUACAUAGGUGGUAUGUUUGGUGCUGGGAUUUAUUUUGCGGAAAAUUCUUCCAAAAGCAACCAGUAUGUGUAUGGUAUCAAUGGUGGUACUGGCUGCCCCAUGCAUAAGGAUAGGUCGUGUUAUAUUUGUCACAGGCAGAUGAUCUUCUGUCGUGUCACUUUAGGAAAGUCAUUCUUACAAUUCAGCGCAAUGAAAAUGGCGCAUGCACCCCCUGGUCACCAUUCUGUGAUUGGCCGACCAAGUGUUGGUGGAUUGUCCCAUGCAGAGUAUGUUAUAUAUAGAGGAGAACAAGCAUAUCCGGAGUAUUUGAUCACUUACCAAAUCGUCAAACCACCUGAUGAAACUUCAACUAGUCAAGCCUGAUUUCAUGUGUUGUUUUUUGCCAAAUUGGUUCUUUCAAGUUUUCUUAUUUCAAUGUAGAAAUAAAUGUGUGUGGUGUGCCUGACACCUAGUUCUUGGUAUUUUAGGAACUAGAAGUUCGUUUAACUGGAUUAGGCUGGUGGUGUUCGCAUGUUCAUUUUUAUUACAUUGAUUAAAAAAA